GCUGCUGCUGUUCCUGGGCUGCUGCUGAACUGUGUGUGUAUGUAUAUGUGUGUGUGCGCGGAGAGGGGAUCACUCACUCCGCCGGCUAAGAGGAGAGUUGCUGGACUACGAGAAGACCGAGGCAUUCCAAUGUACCCAGUUGACCUGGAAAACAAGGAGAAUGGCUCCAUUGGUGUCCAAAACGCCAUAGAGAAUAGGAGACCAACUGACCCUGUGGACUGGGACGUGAUAGAUGUCGUCAAUUAUUUCCGGAGAGUGGGAUUUGCAGAACAAGCCCUUGCUUUUCAGGAACAGGAAAUUGAUGGAAAAUCCCUGCUGCUGAUGACAAGAAAUGAUGUGUUGACAGGACUUUCAUUAAAAUUGGGUCCUGCCUUGAAAAUCUACGAAUAUCAUGUAAAACCGCUGCAGACACAACAUUUAAAGAACAACUCCUCAUAG